AUGUUGCCCAUUCAAUUAUUUCUACGCUAUGCAGACAAUCGCGUUUUCACAGCCGUUGGUGGCUGUACUGUAGCUUGGUUUUCGCUGAAGUUGAUAUUGUCGGUUUGGCGUGGUUUUAAAUCUUAUGUGUUAUCAAGACCGCUGGGAUUAGCUACGGACCUCAAAAAAUUGGGUGCAUGGGCAGUCGUCACUGGUUCCACUGAUGGAAUAGGGAAGGCAUAUGCAAAAGAAUUAGCAGCAAAAGGUAUUAACGUUGUCCUAAUCAGCAGAAGUUUGGACAAACUGAAAAACGUUGCGCAUGAAAUAGAAUCUGAGUACAGGGUACAGACCAAAGUGGUAGAUGUGGAUUUUACGGGUGGAACUGAAAUAUAUCCAAGAAUAUCAAAAUCGUUGCAAGGACUCGAAAUUGGUACAUUGGUUAAUAACGUUGGAAUGGGGUAUAGUUUUCCUAAGUUCUUUCUGGAAAUUCCCAAAGCUGAAGAGUUUUUCCCGAACAUAUUAAAUGUGAAUAUUCUAUCAUGCAUGAUGAUGACAAAAAUCGUUCUACCCAACAUGCUAGAAAGAGGGAAGGGUGCUAUUAUCAACAUAGCUUCCGCUUCCGGUAUGCAACCAGCGCCACUUAUCAAUAUAUACGCCGCCACCAAGGUAUUUAUGGACUUUUUUUCAAGGGGAUUGCAGGUUGAAUACGGAUCUAAGGGUAUUAUUAUUCAAUCGGUGUUGCCGUUCUUUGUUACAACCAAGUUAAGUAAAUUUCGAAAGACGAGUCUUUUCGUUCCCAAUCCAACCCAAUAUGUGAGAAGUGCGUUGGCUACAGUUGGGUUAGAGCAGAGAACUAAUGGAUGCAUGAGCCAUUCCAUUAAAGGAUGGGCAGUUGAAAGAGCUCCAGAAUGGUUGAAAAACAAAGCACAGUUGCAAGUUGCCAAUAAUGUACGCAAAUAUUAUCUCAAGAAAUAUGCAAACAAGAAAAAGGAGUAG